AUGGGACGCCGCGCCGCCCGGGGGCCCGGCCCGCCGCGCCCGCAGCUCCGACUGCCGCCGCUGGUGCUGUGGCUGCUGGCGCUUGCGGCCCGCGGGGGCUGCGCCGCGCCCGCGCCCGCGCCCCGCGCCGAAGACCUCAGCCUGGGGGUGGAGUGGCUGAGCAGAUUUGGCUACCUGCCUCCUGCUGACCCUGCCACGGGGCAGCUGCAGACCCAGGAGGAGCUGUCCAGGGCCAUCGCCGCCAUGCAGCAGUUUGGAGGCCUGCAGGCCACCGGCACACUGGAUGAGGCCACACUGGCGCUUAUGAAGACCCCACGCUGCUCCCUCCCAGACCUACCUUCUAUGGCCCGGGUACGAAGGAGGCGCGAGGCUGCGUCACCAGCCAAGUGGAACAAGAGAAACCUGUCAUGGAGAGUCCGGACUUUCCCCCGUGACUCCCCACUGGGCCGGGACACAGUGCGUGCACUCAUGUACUACGCUCUCAAAGUCUGGAGUGACAUCACGCCCUUGAACUUCCAUGAGGUGGCUGGCAACACUGCCGACAUCCACGUCGACUUCUCCAAGGCUGACCACGACGAUGCCUACCCCUUCGAUGGUCCCGGUGGCACUGUGGCCCACGCCUUCUUUCCCGGGGACCACCACACGGCGGGGGACACACACUUCGACGAUGACGAGGCGUGGACCUUCCGUUCCUCAGAUGCUCAUGGGGUGGACCUGUUUGCGGUGGCUGUCCACGAGUUCGGCCAUGCCAUUGGGCUGAGCCAUGUCGCCGCCUCAAGUUCCAUCAUGCAGCCGUACUACCGGGGCCCCGUGGGUGACCCUCUGCGCUACGGGCUGCCCUACGAGGACCUGCGCAUCUGGCAGCUGUACGGUGUGCGGGAGUCGGUGUCCCCCACAGCGCAGCUCGACACCUCGGAGCCUGAGGAGCCCCCCUUGCUGCCAGAGCCCCCUGGCAAUCGGUCCAGCACCCCGCUCAGAAAGGAUGUGCCUCACAGGUGCACUGCGCACUUCGACGCUGUGGCCCAGAUCCGCGGGGAAGCCUUCUUCUUCAAAGGAAAGUACUUCUGGCGCCUGACAAGGGACCGGCACCUGGUGUCUUUGCGGCCGGCUCAGAUGCACCGCUUCUGGCGAGGCCUGCCGCUGCACCUGGACAGCGUGGACGCUGUGUAUGAGCGCACCAGCGACCACAAGAUCGUCUUCUUCAAAGGAGACAGAUACUGGGUGUUUAAGGACAAUAACGUAGAGGAAGGAUACCCACGGCCCAUCUCCGACUUCAGCCUCCCGCCAGGCGGCGUCGAUGCUGCCUUCUCCUGGGCGCACAAUGACAGGACUUAUUUCUUUAAGGACCAGCUGUACUGGCGCUAUGACGACCACACACGGCGCAUGGACCCUGGCUACCCUGCCCAGGGCCCCCUGUGGAGGGGUGUCCCCAGCACACUGGACGACGCCAUGCGCUGGUCUGAUGGUGCAUCCUACUUCUUCCGUGGCCAGGAGUACUGGAAGGUGCUGGACGGCGAGCUGGAAGCCGCCCCGGGAUACCCACAGUCCACAGCCCGGGAUUGGCUGGUGUGUGGAGAGCCUCCAUCAGAGGACAGCGCCGGCCCUGCAGGGCCAGCGCAGGGCCGCAGCGGUGCACAGGAUGGGCUGGCCACGUGCUCCUGCACCUCAGCUGCAUCCCCGCUCACAUCCCUGGGGUCCUCAAAGCUGCUGUUGCUGCUGCCGCUGCUUCUGCUACCACCCUGGACACUGGAGUCUAUGGCCCCUGCCCGGGCACCUUGAGGGACAGACACGCUGGCCACAAGGGAAAAAGGAGCCUCAGAGGGCAAGGCCACAUGUGCCGUGGGCAGGCAGCCAGCACGCCCAUCCACAGGCCCCACACCACACAUCACCCAACUUACCUAGCAGGAGCCCCGGACGGCAGCAGGGAGGCUACCCGCCCCUUGCUCUGGGUCACACCAGCUCUGAUGUCCUCUACAUGGGUCCUCACUGAUGGCCCUCGUGACCUUCCUGUGCUUAGAUCCUUGCAUCUCCUGUCUCCAGCGGUCCUCGUGCUCGGUCACCAAUGGGGGUCGAGGCCCAGUGGGGAUCCAAGUGCAGACACACACCCUGACCCCAGACCCUGCUCACGCCUGGCCUUCCCAGUGCACAGACAGGCCCGGCAGCAGUGUCAAAGCCUUCCCCACCCCACAGGCCAGCCAGGCCCCUGCUCCUACCAGGUUUGAAUCCUGGCCCAACCGCAGACAGGACAUGGUGGAUUGUGUUCCUGUACCAGACCCCUCCUGACCAGGCAGGACCUCGUGUCCCCUCAGGUGCUGUGACACAGGGUCUUUGGGGCAUUUGCACCCCUGAGCCGGCCUGCCAGCGCCUGUGGCUAUAGCAAGACAUCCUGCAGGCUGUAUUGUGACUCACCUGGUUCCCUCCCUGGUGCUGCAGGGGGGACUUCAGAAUGCCCGGGGCCCAGCUAGGAAGAGUAGCAAGGUGAGGGUAAGCCAUGGACCCCAGGCAGGAGAAUAGUGAGUGGCUAUGGACAGCUUCUAGGAGCAGCCAGGUCCGCAACAGCAUUGUCACCUGGAGCUGUGGCAGUACUAUCCCCGGCCCUGCAUUGGACUUGUUAGUGGGAGGCUGUUCCUCAGAGUGAGGAGGGAGAGGGGACUGAGCCCCUGGUUCUGUGAUCUGAGGGGAGACAGCAUGGCAGAGGACGCAGUGGCAAGUGUGCGGGCAGCCUUCUACCUGUCAGGAGGCUGCUGUUCACAUCCCAUUUCACAGGAAAGAAAAUCCCACAACCCCUAGACCCCAUCAUCCCUGCUUCCUGACAUUACCCACACUCCCCAUCAUCCACACCCUCCAGACUCCAUCAUCCAGACCCUAUCAUCCACAUCCCCAGAUGCCAUCAUCCACACCUCCUACCACAUGGUGCAGAUACACCCUUCCCCCAGAGGCUGCUCUGCUGAUCCUUGGGCCUGGAGCCUGGCCCAGGGGGAAAAAGCAGCUAAAGCUGUGCAGGCAAAGCACUGUGCUCCCACCUACCACUUCUAUGCCACCCACUUCCCUGAAAUGAUCGGGCCUGGGUUCCCCCCACACACACACCUCCAUUCACAGGGCUGUGCUGCUUUGCCUGCUCCUGGCAGGUCCCUGUGUGUCCAGCAGACUGUGGGGAGAAGAUCCCUGUACAAUUGGGAGUAUCCAGAGAGGGUCCUGAGGGCCAGACUUGCAAGUCAGUGCCCCUUUGCUGAAGUCUCACUGUCAUUUUAAAAUCCAAACUAAUAAAGUUUUUCUACACCAG